AUGAAAUACCGACAGAUGUCUCUGGCUGCAGUCAUGGCUGCGAGAAUUUGUAUGAAAAUAGUACCUCAUAUUAAAUCUUCAAAUUAUUUGCCACAGUUUGGCAUAAUUCUCCGUAAGGCAGCAACACAAUCUGAUUUUGAUAUUCAGCAUAAAACUCCACUGGCUAGACGUGUUGCUGCAAUUCCAAAAGCACAGUAUGGAGGACGGCAUGCUGUCACUAUGCUGCCUGGGAGUGGUAUUGGGCCAGAACUCAUGAACUACGUGAAGGAGGUGUUCAGAUAUGCUGGUGUUCCUGUUGAUUUUGAAGAAGUUCAGAUGGAUCCAAAAAGUGAAAGCAAUGAAGAUUUGGAAUAUGCACUCACAUCAAUCAGGAGGAAUGGAGUUGCUCUUAAAGGGAAUAUUGAGACUGGAAGUAUGAGUCGAGGAGUACUGUCAAGAAAUGUUGCACUGCGUAAUGAGUUAGACCUCUAUAUUAAUGUACUUCACUGCAAGUCAUACCCAGGUGUGACAGCCAGACAGAAGGAUAUUGAUAUCAUCAUUGUGCGGCAGAAUACAGAGGGAGAGUAUGCCAUGUUGGAACAUGAAAGUGUCAGUGGUGUUGUGGAAAGCAUGAAGGUUGUCACAUCAGAGAACUCAGAACGUGUUGCUCGUUACGCUUUUGAGUAUGCCAAAAAGAAUGGCCGCAAGAAGGUGACAACUAUCCAUAAGGCAAACAUUAUGAAGCUGUCUGACGGUCUGUUCCUGGAGACAUCACGCAAGAUAGCAAGUGAUUAUCCUGAUAUUGAACAUAAUGACAUGAUCAUCGAUAACUGCUGCAUGCAGCUUGUUUCAAAACCACACCAGUUUGAUGUGAUGAUCAUGACAAACCUGUAUGGUACUAUUGUGUCUAAUGUCGUAUGUGGUCUUGUAGGGGGCGCUGGUCUUCUGUCUGGAAAAAAUUAUGGUGAUCAUUAUGCCAUAUUUGAGCCAGGCACUCGCAACACUGGAACAGCCAUUGCAGGGAAGAACAUUGCCAACCCUGUUGCCAUGUUGAAUGCAGCUGUGGACAUGCUGGAGCACCUGGGGCACCACUACCAUGCAAACAUGAUUCAUACAGCAAUUGAUAGGACUAUCAAUGAAGAUCACAUCCACACACCAGAUUUGGGAGGUCAAGCAACAAGCAUUGAUGUAGUGCAGAACAUUAUCAAAUACCUUCAAGAAACUACAAAGACUUCCAACUGAUUUACAACAUUAUGUAUUUUAUCUUCAUAAUCUAGUUAUCCUCCUCUGUCGGUCAAGUGCUGUGACCUUGUAGUCAUAUAGAGGUACAGAUUGUACUGUCAUAGUGGUGGUGAUGCUGGUGGUCAUAUUUCGCUUCUCUGUGGUGAUAAAGCCCAGUUUUGGCAAGUUACAAUUAGAUAUACACAAAAUAAAUUGUGUGUAACAAAAUAUUUUUGCUUUGUUCACUUCAUGUGCUUUUGUAUAUUAGGAGGAAAAACAGUUGCUGUAAUGCAUGACUGCAUGAAUUCAUCAGUUGUACUUUUCCAGAUAUCUUCUUGUUAUAUUCUGAAGUAUCUAUGUGUUGAUAGGUUAAUAUGGGACUGUAAAUUUGUUACAGAAUGAUAUAUAAAUUAUUUUUUGUGUUA